CUCUCUCUGAAAACUGACAGUCGUCUUCGCAUUGGGAAGCCCGUCACUCGAACUCUGACCAUCAUGGUUCGCGUGGCGGUGAUCGGGGCCGGGGCGAGUGGCCUGACUGCCCUCAAGGCGUGCCUGGAAGAAGGCCUCGAUGCCGUGUGCUACGAGAAGACAGAGGACCUCGGUGGUCUGUGGACGUACCGCGAGCACAACGUGGACGGCGUCGCGUCCGUCAUGUUCUCCACUACGACCAACUCCAGCAAGGAGCUGUCGGCGUUCAGCGACUUUCCGCCACCGUCGCAAUACCCGAACUACAUGCAUCACAGUCUCGUCUGUCAGUACCUGAACGACUACGCCGACACUUUCGGCCUACGCAGCUACGUACGCUGCUUGCACUCCGUGACCAAGGUAAAUCCCACGUCUGAUCACGAUGAGACGGGACGGUGGGAGUUGCUGGUGCACGACAUCGAGCAAGACACUGAUCUUGUGGAAACCUUCGACGCCGUCAUGGUUUGCACUGGCUACGACCACACUCCCGUCAAGACCGAGUUUCCCGGCCUGAAGGAUCGGUUUCGAGGUCGCGUGAUGCACGUGAGGGAAUACAAGCGGCCCGUCGGAUUCGUCGGUGCUAAAGUCUUGGUCGUUGGACUUGGGAACUCUGGCUGUGACGUGGCUGUUGAGCUAAGUGCUAUCGCAGACUCUGUGUACGUGAGCACUAGGCGUGGCUGCUGGACCAUCCCCCGUGUCGCAUCACGAGGUGAGCCUUUCGACACUGCCAACGUGAGGCGCUCUUGGAACUGGCUCUUCCACCUGCUGCCGUACUCGAUUGUGUGCAGCGUGGGCGAACACGAAGCCAACCAGCGCUUUGACCACACCCUCUACAACCUAGCAGCGCAACACCGCAUUCAUGGGCAGCACGCCACCAUAAGUGACGCGCUCCCUUCCAAGAUUCUGAGCGGAACGGUUGUGGUCAAAGGUGACGUGCGGUGCUUCACUGAAGACGGAGUCUUCUUCGAGGACGACCACAAGGUCGCCACCGUUGUCGACGUGGUCAUUCUUGCCACCGGAUACACGGCACACUUCCCUUUCAUCGACGACUCCGUGCUUCCUGUCCGCGACAAUCGUGUGCGCCUUUACAAGUAUGUCUUCCCGUCAUUUAUGGAAAAAGGAACACUUGCUUUCAUUGGAGCCGUACAACCCGAGGGUAGCCUAUUCCCCAUUUCAGAAAUGCAAAGCAGGUGGGUGGCGGGAGUGUUCGCGGGACGCUAUGUCCUUCCAGCUGUCCGAGUUAUGGAAGAAGACGUGGACCAGCGGGAACUGCGCGUGCGUGAGCGUUACAUUCCAGGUAGCAGGCACGCCCGGCAAGUUGACUGGAUAGAGUACAUGGACGAAAUGGCCGAGCUCGUGGGCUGCAAGCCUCGGCUGGGCCGACUUCUUCUGACUGACCCAGUUUUGGCGUGGGCCUGCGUGUUCGGACCAUGCCUGCCCUACCAAUACCGCUUGCAUGGUCCUGGGUCAUGGCCCCGCGCGAGGCAGCAGAUACUGGAUUUUUGGGAGAACUACAGGCUGGGCCUCGAGACGAGGAAGUUGCCAUGGUUGAAGCCAAAACCGUGGGGCGCAUUGGAAACAAAGACGACGGUGGUUGAUCUAAAGGUUGCUGUCAUGGCAUUAUCUUUUCUGGCAGCUGGACUCAGAGUGAAGGCACUGCGACUGCUUUUGCUUAGAUGCAUGGCACUUUUUAUACAACUUGCUUGGUCUCUAAGCGACACUGUGCAGACACAAAAGAUGCAUUUACUGAAGCCCGAUGUGAAAAGUUAUUUCAGUGUUUUCUCACGCAUGACGAUAUGAUAGCGGGACUCGUGUAUUGUCUCAUUGGUCGUAGGAAUUGAUUAAUAAGCUGUGUAAAAGAAGGAAGAAAUCAAGCGAUGAUGCUUGACGUCUGCUUCGGGGGGAGAAACAGAAAUUUCAAUCACGUGGUACCGUCAUCAGUGAAUGCAUUUCUUGGGGUUAGCACGUGGACUCCAAAAAACUGAAUCACUUGACAGUGCGAUGGUCACCGUCCUAUUUUUAUCAGACCUUUACUAAUAUACAUUGUUCCUGUAGACAUUAAAAACCAUUCAUCUUGA